AUGCUAGUUCCUUAUGGGUAUAUGCACAGUCACACAACUGACUAUAAAGAGACACAUAUCAGUGGUAUCCGCUACCAUGACUGCCACACAGCAGACUAUAAGGAGACACAUAUAAGUGGUAUCCGCUACCAUGACUGCCACACAGCAGACUAUAAAGAGACACAUAUAAGUGGUAUCCGCUACCAUGACUGCCACACAGCAGACUAUAAGGAGACACAUAUAAGUGGUAUCCGCUACUAUGAUUGCCACACAGCAGACUAUAAAGAGACACAUAUCAGUGGCAUCCGCUACUAUGAUUCCCACACAGCAGACUAUAAAGAGACACAUAUAAGUGGUAUCCGCUACCAUGAUUGCCACACAGCAGACUAUAAAGAGACACAUAUAAGUGGCAUCCGCUACUAUGAUUGCCACACAGCAGACUAUAAAGAGACACAUAUAAGUGGUAUCCGCUACCAUGAUUGCCACACAGCAGACUAUAAAGAGACACAUAUAAGCGGCAUCCGCUACUAUGAUUCCCACACAGCAGACUAUAAAGAGACACAUAUAAGUGGCAUCCGCUACUAUGAUUCCCACACAACAGACUAUAAAGAGACACAUAUAAGCGGCAUCCGCUACCAUGACUGCCACACAGCAGACUAUAAAGAGACACAUAUAAGUGGUAUCCGCUACUAUGAUUGCCACACAGCAGACUAUAAGGAGACAUAUAUAAGCGGCAUCCGCUACCAUGACUAA